AUGCGUCAAUCAGGUAUUCCGUUCGCAGAAGCAGGAAGGUUCGAACAACCGCGGUUGUACAAUCAUUCCAUCGGCACUUUCAACGCAGUCGAGUAUGGCGCCAUAUGUCCUCAACACUCCAUAGGCGCCAUCCUUACAACGGGAUCUGAGGACCGUUCCUUACUAGGUGAAGUUGACUCGGAAAUUGGACCCAUCGUGGGCAUACUGGUGGAAAGCAUCUACUCGUUCUCCGCGAACCGGAGCGAGGACUGUCUAUUCAUCAAUGUCCAGACUCCCCAAAACAUUUCAUCCGAUGCUGCUCUGCCCAUCAUUUUCUGGAUCCACGGCGGUGGUUUUGAGGUUGGAUCGCCCGUCAGUGACAUCAGCGAGACAGACAUCUUGCGUGCCGCGCUGUUCAACUACAACCCUGGCAGACUCCUACGAACAGCCGUCGAGAUAGAUCAGCCCGUCAUCAUGGUAUCAGCAAACCAUCGCCUCAAUGCUUUCGGCUUUAGUGCCUCUCGUGAGAUGGAGGAAGCCGGGCUCCUGAAUCUCGGUCUCGAGGACCAGCGCGUUGCUUUGCAAUGGGUCCAAGAGCAUAUUGCAGAAUUUGGAGGCGAUCCAAGCAAGGUCACGCUGAUGGGGGAUUCGUCCGGCUCCUGGUCUACUGUAGCUCAUCUGCUUUGGGACGAAGGCGACACCCAAGGUCUGUUCAGAGCAGCGAUAGCCAUGUCCGGAGGACCAGUAGCCGUCGACGGACCGGAGCGCCAGCAAGAAACUUUCGACAACAUGGUCAAUCAGACAGGCUGCGCCGGCGCGCCCGACAAGAUCGCGUGCUUUAAGGAGGCAAAGUACGAGGACAUCGUGGCUCAUGGGGCCCCGCUCGCUGGCUUCCACAUGGACGAUCCGACCAGAUGGGAAGCACUUGAAGGACUCACCACAUCGCCUCACAGCUGUUUGACCUUUACGGCUUCGAGAAGACAAACGGGCGAGAGCAAAGUGGAACAUGCUAACAAGGCCUCGCGUGGGUUAAAUGCAGACAUGCGAGACGAGGGCACCUUCUUCACUUUGGUCGCGCAGCUGGAGACGCUGACGGAGAGCGAUUUCCGGCAGUACCUACACACGACGUGGUGGCCGCACGCGAGCAACGCGCAGAUCGAGCGCCUGGCACAGCUAUACCCUGCCGACCCGGCGGCUGGGUCUCCGUUCGGGACGGGCGCGCUGUGGGCGACGACGCCGAACUUCAAGCGCCUGGCCGCGCUGGUGGGCGACUACAGCUUCCAAGCGCAGCGGCGAAACCUGCUGGCGAACUACGCCGGGCCGGCGUGGAACUACGUGAUCGACGUGGAGGUGCCGACGGCGGGGCUGACGGGCCUGCUGGCGGGCAGCCGCGUGGCCGACGCCGACUGCUUCUUCUACGUCUUCGCCGGCCUGCCGGGCCUGCUGAGCACCAACACGGUCAACAGGCAGGCCACCAUCCUCGCCUUCGCCCGCACCCUCGACCCGAACAAGCACGGCCUCGACAUCCCGCACUGGCCCGCCUUCACGCGUGACGGCCGCGAGACGUACAACCUGCGCGAGAGCGGCCCGCGCCUCGAGAAGGACGAUUACCGCUGGGACGCGAUCGAGUACAUCAACGCAAACGCCGACUCGCUCGUCAUCUAG